AUGGAAGCCACCGCCAAGCACGACUUCAAAGCCACGGCGCCCGACGAACUGAGCUUCAAAAAGGGUAGCUUGCUCAGGGUGAUUAACAUGGAAGACGACGUCAAUUGGUUUCGGGCUGAGUUCGAGGGCAAAGAGGGACUGAUACCUAGCAAUUAUAUAGAAAUGAAAAAUCAUGAUUGGUACUAUGGAAAAAUCACUCGAGCAGACGCCGAGAAAUUAUUAGACCAACAGCCUGAGGGUUGUUUUCUGGUACGAAUAAGUGAGAGUUCACCUGGAGAUUUUUCAUUAUCCGUCAAAUGUGGUGAUGGUGUUCAACAUUUCAAAGUUUUACGAGAUGCACAGGCAAAAUUCUUCCUGUGGGUGGUUAAAUUUGAUAGUUUAAAUGAACUAGUUGAUUAUCAUCGAGAAUCAUCUGUGUCUCGUUCACAAGAUGUUAGGCUUAGGGACAUGCCAGCAGCAACUCAAAAUGGAUUUAACCAAAAACCGACGCUGGUAAUUGGAAUGUAUGACUUUACACCUCAAGAAGAUGGAGAAUUAGCAUUUAAGCGAGGAGAUGUUAUAACUGUGACAAAUCGCACUGAUGUAAAUUGGUGGCGAGGUGAGAUUGGCACCAGAGAAGGACUGUUUCCAGCUGCGUAUGUUUCUCCUUAUCAUGCCCCUUAA